AUGUCCGACACUGCUGCAGACACCCCAGGACCGCGACGAUCUCAGAGGGAAAGGAAAGCAGUCAAAGCUUUUGUCUCAACGCCCUCGACGAGCACCCGGAAACGCAAAAGGCGCGACGAGGAUGCCGAGGGAGAGGAAACAGCAGCAACAGAACCUGAAGAUGAACCGGUAGACGAAGAUGAUGCUGAUGACGAGGAAGAGGGCGACGACGACGAUGUAGAAUCUAAGCCGAAGCGCAAACCUGGAAGAAAACCCAAGGCCAAGGGUUCUCCGAAGGCGAAAGCCCCAACUGCUCCCAAAAAGCCUCGAGAGCCUAAAACUACCACACUCAAGGCCUUGAAGACAACGACACGUGCACGCAGAAAGCCAAAGGAAGGAGAGGAAGCCUAUGAUGCGGACCAAGUCGCAAAAGAUACCAGAAUCGCGUCGGAUAACCCCCUAUUUAAUGCUAUCAUGAAUCCUGCUGCUGCUCUUCAAUCUACAGUUGAAGAUUUCCUUGAGUCACUGACGCAGUCGCCAGAGGCCGCCCAAGCCGAGCUCAUCAAUUUGUUCCUUCGGUCCUGUGGUUGCAACGACACCGUCUCUCCUGCCGAUGCUGUCGACUAUGACGGUGUCCUCGAUAACCUCGACAACAUCACUGAAGCCCUGAAACAGGACAACUCUCCCACCUAUCCUCUCACCUCAAGACUUCCCAUCUUCAAGAAAUUCCGUCGCUCACUAUCCGAAUUCAUUGAACGCCUUAUAAAAUCUGCUGCCGAACUUGAAUCACUUUACUCAACGGAUCUGAUGUCUACCCUGCAAACCUGGAUCGUGGCCAUGUCUUCCUCUCAAAUUCGUAGUUUCCGCCACACUGCUACUGUAGUGGCGCUGGAAGUCGAAACUGCUCUAUGCGAAGUCGCGGCGGCUGUUGAAAAGGAAGCCCAAGUGGUCGGACGGCAGAGGGAAGGAGAGAAGAAACGGAAAGGUGCUGGGAAAGGUGCAAGCGCCCGGGACAAGGAACUGCAAAGCAAGGCCCAAGAAAUUCGGGAGCGCAGGAAGCACCUUGCGGAGUACCUAAAGGAGUUUGUGGACGGCGUCUUCGUUCACCGUUAUCGCGACUUGGAUCCUAACAUCCGCGCUGAGUGCGUGAAGGCCAUCGGUCUUUGGUUCACCAAGUAUCCCGGCCACUUCCUCGACGGUGCCUAUCUUCGAUAUGUCGGCUGGGUGCUCUCAGACGCCAACACACAGGUGCGGCUGGAGGCCGUGCGCUCCCUAUCUGGCGUAUACGGCCAGAAUGAUUAUAUCGGCUCCCUCAACCAUUUCACGGAACGCUUCAAACCGCGACUUUUGGAGAUGGCAACAUCCGACACUGAACUAUCAGUCCGAGUCGCUGUCAUUCAAGUUCUGGGUGCCAUCGAUGGACAUUCGCUGCUUGAAGAACCAGAGCGGGAGAGGCUCUGUUUGCUGAUAUACGACGAGGAAGCCAGAGUUCGCAAGGCUGUCAGUAAAUUCGUCCACAACGUUUGGGAGGAGUCAGUGGAAGAGAUCUUGGUUGGGAAAUCCAAACCCACCGAAGUCGACCAAACGCGAGUCGGAAUCAAAGCGCUGGCGGCCUUAUUGGUUAAGUGGAGUCAAGCGCUUGAAAACGUCGAGGGCAACGAGGAGGAUUCAGAAGACGGGGUGGAUGAGGUGGCGUCAAGAACGAGUGGCCGUGGCCGACGGAAGGAGAUUUGGGGGCUGUUAGGCAACACAGAUCAGCGUGGUCGAACAGCUCUUGCCGUCGAGGCUUUAUGGGAAGAUGUUGACUGUGUUCGUGAAUGGGAGGAGAUUCUCAAUCUUCUCCUUCUGGAUCACUCAACCACUCAGACCAACGGCAAUUCGUCGAGAGUGAACGGUCAUGUGAGAGAGACGGACUCGAGGGUGGAUGACAUGUGGCGCCUUGAGGAAGUGGAGGAGACUGUUCUUCUUGAGGUCCUCGUGGCCUCAGUGAGAAGACUAAAGGCCGAAGCAGCCGCUGCCAAAAAGGUUACCGACGAGGAGAAUCUCCUCAAUGACAUUACGCGUGCCUUCAUGAAAGCCCUCCCCCGCCUAUUCAUCAAGUACCAAGCGGACCCUUAUCGCAUCGCGGAAGUCCUCAUCAUUCCUCCAUUACUGAAUCUUGAGCUGUAUCUGGAGAUGCGCAUGAUUGCGGCCUACAGCAACCUAUGGGACGACGUGAUCAAACAAUUCAUGUCGCACUCCUCCAUGGCCGUUCUUUCCAACGCCAUGUCGGCCAUCACUCACUUCAUGGCCACAACCAGCUUGUCAAAUACAAACAGCACCAAGAUCCUCGAAUUGGAGGAUGAACUCUCUUCCGCUUUACACGACGCCGUGGCGGGGAGAGAAGAGAUCGAGGUGGCUUCUUUUAACGAGGACGAGGUCCUCGCUCUAGCUGCCAUUUGUACUCGCGUAUCGGUACUGACGGGAGCGCGGAACAUGUCUGCCUGGAUCGAUGAAGAUGAAGGAGGGAAGCAGAGCAGUGCGUGGAAUAUCAUCAGCGCUAUUGCAGAUCGUGGUCGUCUUGGAUACAAGGAGGAGGAAACAAUGGUGGAACAAGCGCUCAACGUUCUCACUUUGCACAUGUACUGGAAGGCCAAAGGAUUGCUUGUUGCCACAGACCCGAAUGCUGAGGAGAAUCCCUAUAAAGAGGUCCUCCAGGAACAGCGGGAGUCACUCAUUGACAAGCUUAAGGAGUACGCUGUUGGGAACCAAUCGAACACCGUGGACGGGGUCAAACGCGCGGCCUUCAAGCACCUUUUGAACCUGCAUAUUCUCUUCACGCCCGAUCAGCCACCCCUCCCUGACGGCUCUCCUUCACCGUUAUCCACUGUUGGCCUUAUGUUGGAUGACGAAAUGCAAUACCGAUGCACCGGGUACAUCCAGGCAGAGAUCGAGCGCUAUGCCGAGUACUUGCAAGAAGUUGAGGGCGUACAACAGAGCGAGGGGGGUAGUGAGCAAGGGGAGAAUUCCGACGGCGGCGAGGGUUCCCCCGAGAAAACUACCUCUGCGAAGGGCAAACAGAAGGCCAACAAACCUCAGGACGAAGACCAAGGUACAGGCGAAGUCAACUCUCGUGAAGUUCUCGAACAUGAGUACCUGUUCGUGGAUGUCCUCACCACCUUCCUUCGGGCUAUCCGAACCGGCGCGAUCAAUCUCAAGCAUGGCGCAAUCUUCCUGGCUCAUUACGGCCGACUGGGGAGUUCAGUUGACUCUUGCGCCAAAACCAUUGUAAAAUGGCUGGCUAGGGAGGAAGGGGAGAUCAUCGUCGAGAUCGCUACGCGAUCAUUACGAGACGCCUUCACACUCGUUCUGGACGGCAUCGUCCCUGAUGAAGCCGAAGCAGUCCAACUCGCCAAACUACUUUCGCAAUCGUUCGUCCUCCGCGGUAGCCAGUUGACCGUGCUCCGGAGACUAGACCCGCAACACAUUGUGGCCAUCCACACCAACCUCCUGAACUGGAUUGCAAAGCGGAUGUCGGUGUACGAAAACAACAAGAACAAGAAGGGUAUGAAGACAGCGCUGUCGUUCUUCCGGGUUCUUGUUGCCCUUGCAACUGGUCUCCAGAGUGGCGAUGCCUUGAAAAUCAAAGCGCAUAUGGACCAGGUCUUCGAGCAAUCUAAGAUCGAAGUGCCACCCACAGCGAAAGAUUGGGAACCACAACGGAGUUACGAAAGACGCUUGGACAACUUGAUGACCAAAGAGAAAGGCGGGGUCAAGCGGAAAGGCAGGAAGGGCAAGGGUGGAGCCGAGACGGACGUCCAAAGCGAGGAGGAAAGCGAAGUCGAAAACCUGUUGAUCCAGGAACCUCCAACGAAACCCAAACCCCGACCUCGAUCGAAGCGUGUCACGCGAUCCAAUCCAGUGGUCGAAGAGGAACCUGAGCCAGAACCUGAGCCAGAACCACCCGCCAGUCGGGAACCAUCGCUUGCACCAUCCGACGUCGCGAUGGAGAAAGGAAGUCAGGUGGACGAACCUGAAAGCUCCAACGGUGUUCAAGAGUCCAUCGCCAUCAGCACCACUGCCAGAAGACGACCAGCAGACUCCCAAGUCGACACUGAAGCGUUCAAGACCAACUGA